AAUAUCGUGGUAUCGUCCGUUGUUGUUGCUCGAUUACCAUAAAUUUGGGUACAGUAUAAAUAUCUGUUGUGUCGAAAAAAAUUCAUCAGAUUACCGUCCGUGGUCAGUGAUAAUAUAACUAGACAAACAAAAUGAAAUUCGCUAUUGUUCUUCUUGCUUGCGUCGCUCUUGCCGUCGCUGAUGUUAGCCACUUAGACGACACAGUUGUCCGUUUCGACUCAGUCGUUAACCCAGAUUCAUACCAAUAUGCUUAUGAAACAUCAAAGGGAAUCAAAGCUGAAGAAUCCGGACAGUUGAAAAACGCUGGAUCAGAACAAGAAGCCAUCGAAGCUAAGGGAGCUUUCUCAUACCAAUCACCAGAAGGCGAGAACAUUGCUCUUUCAUACGUUGCUGAUGAAAAUGGCUUCCAACCUACCGGAGAUCACCUUCCUCAACCACCACCAAUCCCAGAACUUAUCGAAAAAGCCCUUAAAUACUUGGCUGAAAACCCACCAGCAAGAAAGUAAAUGCAACAACACAACUUUCCAAAUUAUUUCCUUAGAUAAGCAGUUCAGAUCAAAAACAACAUCACUGAACAUUAUUUGAUAUUGUUAAGGAACUUAAAGUUUCAACACUGCCACCUUUCUAAACGUUAUUGCUUCGAUCUUGAAUAACGAAUUUUAUAAAUUCGAUCUUUUGCAAAUAAAAUACAAACAAAAAAACCAAAACAAAAUUGAGUUCAUUUUAAUUAGACAUUCAUCAGAAAAUGAGAUUGAAAUUUGUUUUUAAGUUCAUCAUGUCAGAGAUUUGAAUGUGAAUGUCAUUAAAUAUCGAUUAAUGGAUGUUUAGGAGACGUCUAGGGUCUAGCUGGCAUAGCUUGCAAAUAUGUUUAAGUUCAUUUACCCAUGAACGAGAGAGAUG